CGAUGCUUGAACAUAUUUGUUUCCCAAAACAUUUACAGACUUCCACAUUUGGUUGUUUGUCCUUAUUAUACUUGAUUGAGAUUGAGAACGCGACGCGUUCUGUCCGCACACUUUACUUUGCCAUUCGCCGUUACCUAUCACGAUGGCGAAACGUCGUGCAACGCGCAAUGACAGCGACACAGAAGACCUGGAGGAAGGCCAUCAAGCCUCCAAACGCGCUCGUACGUCCUCGAGCAACGACGAAGAGCCCGGCGAAGCUCGUAACCGCAACGGACGCGAUCCGAAAGGCAAAGGAAAGGAUAGAGAUAAGGAUGACGGUGACCUGGAUAUUGAUGGGGAGGACCAGGUUGAGCAGAUAGUUCUAGAUGAGGAUGAGGAAAAGAGGUUUGAGGAGGAGCAUGAAGAGCAAAUCCGUGCAAAGGUGCUGGGAAAGAAAAAGCAGGCUCAGGGUGGCGCUGCAGAAAUGGGCAUCAUCGAGUCACUCGAGCUUCACCAGUUCAUGUGCCACAAAUAUCUAACAUUCAAGUUUGGACCACAAAUUAACUUCAUCAUCGGUCAUAAUGGAAGUGGCAAGAGUGCCGUUCUCUCUGCCUUGACGGUCGCCUUAGGAGGCAAGGCCAAUACGACUGGCCGUGGAAGUGGCUUGAAGUCGUUCAUCAGGGAAGGCGAGAACGCUGCUGAGGUUACUGUUGUCAUCAAGAAUCAAGGAGAAGAAGCCUACAAACACAAGGAAUAUGGCGACAGUAUCGUUAUCACUCGUAGGUUCACCAGGGAGGGUUCUUCGUCCUACAAGAUUAAGUCGAGAGACGGCCGAAUAAUUUCGACCAAGCGCGAGGAACUGUCUGCCAUUUGUGAUCAUAUGAACAUCCAGGUUGACAAUCCCAUGAAUAUUCUCACACAAGACUCUGCCAGACAAUUCUUGAGUGCUUCUCAACCUACCGACAAGUACAAGUUCUUCCUACGUGGCACCCAGCUCAGCCAGCUCAGCGAAGAAUACUCGACUUGUUUGGAGAACAUCACUCAAACAGGCAAGGUUCUUGUGCAUAAAUCCGAAGCUAUACCGGACCUGGAGGACGCCCUCGAAGAGGCCACAGCUCGUUUCCAAGAGGCAAAGAAAGCCCGAGAGCAGAAGCACAAGGCCGAUGAGCUCAAGAAGGAACUUGCGUGGGCUCAUGUUGCCGCAAAGGAGGGAGAACUUACAGCGAAAUUAGAAGAGCAUACCAAAUUGCAGAGACGUGCGCAGAAGGUCGAAAAGUCUAUCAAGGAGUCAGCUGAUAAAAUUGAGAAGACUGAGAAGGUGGUAGCUGAGCGAGAACAAGAGCUGGAUGACCUGGGACAGAUCGAUAAUCUGCUCAACCGUAGAGCAGAGCUGCAGGCUGCAAUGAAGGCGAACAAGGCAGAAUUGAGCUCAUUCAGAGAAGAAGAAAGAUCAAUGAACACUAACCUUCAGAACGCCAAUAGGUCCAUCGCGGAGCUUACGCGCAAGAUUGCUGAGGAGCAGAAGCGAAUGGAAUCACUUACGCAGGGCAAACGCGAAGAGACGCAUCGCAAACUAAACGAGGCUCAGAUCAACUUCAAAGCCGCUGACGACCGUGUCAAGGAGCUCCAGACAAGAAAAGGCGAGCUCGAUGCUGACGUUCAGAGAACCGGAGCCGAGGGCCAGAGGCUUACCCAAGAACGCAACGGACUGAGGGAAAGAAUUGUCGCCAUCGAUCAACAGCUCGAACUUUGCUCUCAGAGGGAAAAGAAUAAGCUCGCAACUUUCGGCCGAAACAUGGAGUCGGUUAUGCAGGAGAUUCAGAUGACGCAGUGGCGCGGCGAGCAACCAGUAGGGCCCUUCGGUCAGUAUGUGAAGGUCAGGGAUGCGCAUAAAUGGGCGCCGCUUCUGCGUGUUACCCUGGGACAGGCAAUGUCUGCAUGGGCUGUCACCAACAGCUACGAUCGACAGGUUCUUGCUAAGAUUCUGAAGAAAAACGGAAACGAUCCAAGUAUCUAUGUGGCAGAUGUAGAUCUCUUCGACUAUAGUAAGGGAGAGCCGCCAGAAGAUUUGUUAACCGUUCUUCGCGCACUUGAGGUUUCCAACCCAUUCGUGUUACGGCUCCUCAUUAACUCCUCCCGUAUCGAGAGUACUAUCCUAGCACAGUCACGUCAAGAUGCUGAAAGGCUGCUGCACCAGUACAACAUUACUGGCAAUGCUUGGGCUGCUGAACUUUACAAUGUCCAACGAUACAGAGAUGGUGGUAUCAGGUCAACUACUCUGCGACAGUUGUCAAACGCAGAUCCCAGAAUGCAGCUCUGGGGUAACGCGAAUGUCGAAGCUGAUAAACGCAAAUUCCAGCAAGAGAAGAUUAAGCUCCAGCAGCAGCAUGGUGAAUUCGCUGAACAGAUCAAGAAUGCACAGGAUGCAUACAACAAAGCCCAACGAGAUCUGCAAGAGUGGAAGAAACAGUGCGAAGCUGCUGUACGGGAAGCGAGAAGAGCAAAGGACCUCCGUGACAGGCUCCAAGAGGACGCUAACGAGGAAGAGCCCGUGGAGAUUCAGACUUUGCAGGAUGCACUUAGGGACGCAGAAGCAGACAAAGAGUCCACCAUGAAUCAAUUCAAAGAGUUGACGACUAGAAAGGAAGCUAUCAAUGAGGCUCAGAAACCUCUCAUGGCCGAGCUGGAAACGCUCAGGAGACAGGUCGACGAGUUCGAGGGCCGUCGGACUGCUAUUGAGGGAUCCAUUGAGGAGGCGGUUACUCUGCGUUUGAAGGCUCAGAACGAGAAGGCCCAUUAUGAGAAGAAAUUGGCGGAGGCGAUGGAGCAGGUCAAUGCAUCUCAAACAGUCGUCGAUCAACUUCAAGAGGAGUUCACGACUUGGACGGGCAAAGCUGAGGAAUACUGUGAAAGGUUCCCCAACCCGAGGAAGGUCGCGGAUGUUCAGCGCAACUUGGAUUCCGUUCAGAAUGCCCUGAAAGAACGAGAGAAACGGGAUGGUGCCACUGUCGAAGAGAUGACAGUUGAAGUGAACAAGAAGAAAGCGGCCCUAGAGACCGCCGAGAACGAACUUAAGAACAUGGCUCUCCUAAACAAAGCUCUUAGGCGAUCUAUCAAGGUUCGCCUGCUGAAAUGGCACGAAUUCCGUCGUCAUAUCGCCCUUCGCUGCAAGAUCUAUUUUGCAUACCACUUGUCGCAACGCGGUUACUAUGGCAAGGUUCUCUUUGACCAUGUGAGCCAAAGUCUCCAACUCAAGGUGCAAACCGACGACAUGGUGCCAACGCAAGGCGGCAAUAGGGAGAAGGAUCCUCGUUCCCUUAGUGGCGGGGAGAAGUCCUUCUCGACGAUCUGUUUGCUGCUUUCGCUAUGGGAAUCUAUCGGUUGCCCUAUUCGUUGCCUUGAUGAGUUCGACGUGUUCAUGGACGCGGUCAACCGUCGUAUCAGUAUGAAGAUGAUGAUCGACACUGCCAAUGCCUCCAACAGGAAGCAAUAUAUCCUUAUUACCCCACAAGAUAUGUCAAAUAUCACAAUCGGGCCCAGCGUUCGCGUUCUUCGUAUGAGCGAUCCUGAACGGAAUCAAGGCGUGCUUGCGUUCCAAUAGGCGCCAAAGGACAAGUCCCGUUCGUUGCUUUCCACCUCUACCUUACUGUAUAUUCUGCAUUACCUACAUUACUGCCUCUUGCAGUUAAACUCGUUGUCGCUUCCCUUUAUACCUCGCUGGGUGUACGAUUCCAUAACUUACAGCAUCCUCUCUUGGCACUUGCCUUAGCAUUGUGCUAACGGCACCUCAGUUGUAGAAUAUUCUCCUGAUACAUUCUCGAAUACUAGACUUAUGGCAAAUUUCUCCCACAGUGUUACUGCUCUUUUCUGCGUUACCACACCUUUCUGCGUUGAAACAGCUUUGUGGUUUAAGGAAGCUCGAACGAACCACAACUAGAUGAACAUGGUGCACGUGGCUCAGUUUGCGAUCGAUCAUAACAUUCUUCCAACUUGAAUCAUUCUUCGUUCUGAAAGCCUAACCCUCAUCACCACGAUCUAUUUCGUUGUAACCUAUAGGGUAGCUUAAAAUACUGUGGCUAUGAACGACC